AUGCGCCUGGCUGGGGGCAGAGAGCCAGGAUCUGGGGUUCUGGGAUCAGGUUCUGGAAUUGUGGCCGAGGCUCCGGAUGUGGAGUGGGGAGAGAGCCGGGAAAGGUCGAGGGAGCCGGGUCCCACCGGAGCGUCCGUCUGUCCUGGGGGAUCCGUCCCACCUUGGAGUGAACAUCUCUCCUGGGAGCAUCCAUCUCGUCCCAGAUCAUCCUUCCUGCCUUGGAGUGUCCAUCACCCAUCCAUCCAUCCAUCCAUCCAUCCAUCCAUCCAUCCAUCCAUCCAUCAUCAUCCCUCCAGAUCAUCCCCACCCUGCCCAGGAGCAUCCAUCUUUUCCUGGAUCAUCCCUCUAAUCCUCAACAUCCAUCUUGUUCUGCAGCAUCCAUCCCACCUUGGAUCAUCCAUUCUUUUCCAGGGCUUCCAUCCCACCUGGAUCAUCCAUCCUGGAGCAUCCAUCCUAUUCCAGAGAUUCCUUCCCACCUGGAUCAUCCAUUCCACCUGGAAACAUCCUGCCCAUCUCAGAGCAUCCAUCCCACCUUGGAUCAUCUCACCCAUCCUGGAGUAUCCAUCCUAUUCCGGAUCAUCCAUCCCACCUCAGAACAUCCGUCCUACCUUGAGUCAUCUCUCCUAUUCCACAGUUUUCAUCCCACCUGGAUCAUCCUUCCCAUCUUGGCAUAUCCAUCCUAUUCUGCAUCAUCCAUCCCACCUUGGAACGUGCUGGAUCAUCCAUCCCACCCUGGAUCAUCCUUCCUAUUCCAGAGCUUCCAUCCCACCCGGAUCAUCUCUCCUACCUGGAGCUUCCAUUCCACCCUGGAUCAUCCUGCCUAUUCCAAAGCAUCCAUCCCACCAUGGGUCAUCCAUCCUGCCUUCAAUCGUGCAUCCCACCUUGGAUCAUCUCUCCCAUCCUGGAAUAUCCAUCCUAUUCUAGAUCAUCCCUCCCAUUCCAGAGCUUCCAUCCCACCUGGAGCAUCCAUCCCACCUUGGAUCAUCCAUCCCAUUUUGGAACAUCCACUGCUGGAUCAUCUAUCCCACUUUGGGUCAUCCCUCCUAUUCCAGAGCUUCCAUCCCACCUGGAGCAUCCAUCCCUCCUUGGAUCAUCUCCCAUCCUGGAAUAUCCAUCCUAUUCUAGAUCAUCCCUCCUGGAGCAUCCAUCCCACUUUGGAUCAUGCAUUCCACUUUGGAUCAUCUCUCCCACCUUGGAACAUCCAUCCCACUUUGGGUCGUCCCUCCUAUUCCAGAGCUUUUCAUCCCACCUGGAUCAUCCUUCCCAUCCUGGAGUAUCCAUCCCACACUGGAUCAUCCUUCCCAUCCUGGAGUAUCCAUCCCACACUGGAUCAUCCUUCCCAUCCUGGAGUAUCCAUCCCACACUGGAUCAUCCUUCCCAUCCUGGAGUAUCCAUCCCACACUGGAUCAUCCUUCCCAUCCUAUUCUGGACCAUCCAUCCCACUUUGGAACAUCCUUCCUAUUCCAGAGCUUCCAUCCCACCUGGAUCAUCCAUCCCAUCCUGGAUCAUCUAUCCCACCUUGGAUCAUCCAUCCUUUUCCAGAGCUUCCCUCCCACCUCGGAUCACCCCUCCCGCGCCCUCCGCUGCCCCCCAUUCCCGGCUCUCUCCGCCUCUUCCCGAGGCCAAACCCAGGAAUUUUGGCUCAUUCCAGGAUUUCCCCAAGUCCCCCCUCAGCCGGGCCAGGCCGGGGUCCCCCGGGAUGGGGACAUCGGGUGGCCGGGUCCCCUCAUCCCGGCACCAUCCCAGCUCUGAGGGGAGGCGAGGGGUGGGCACAGGGGACAGGGAUGUCCCCAGUCCUUGUCCCCGCUCCUGUCCUGGUGGGAUGGGGGGUCCG